GGUUAGACAGCGAGGUUCGGGUUCAGGGUCCCGAGACGUUCGACGGGAGCACGAGCCCGUAGAGGACGACGCCGAUCCGUCCACUUCACUCAGCCGACUCCCUAAGUGGGAUGAGCGGACUUUGUACUUCUCUCCCGUCCACCACAUUUCUGAGAGGGUAAGACGGGGUAUCACAGUUGGGAGGACGCGCUGCCAUGGUUCCAGUUGCGACGCCUUAGGCGACCUGUACAAGAUGUACAUCGGCAAUGACGACGAGGCGAGACUUCUAUGAGAGUCUUACGAACUGACUGCGCUUUACGAGACCUCAGAGGCUAUGAUUGCCUCUACGGGACUGGAUUUUAGCUCUGUUACGCUGCCGUUCGACAACGAGAUCAGUGUCUUUUCUCCUAAGGUCGAGGUGUUGUUGGGUCCGAUUGCUGUUCGGGCUCGAGCUGAGGUGGAUUCGACUCAGUUCAGCACGAAGGGGAUUCACCGCUCGACUCUAGCAGCGGCUUUUGAUGAUGAUGCGACUACCCGAGAGCAGCGGGUGCGCAUCUUUGUACUUAUCUUGCUGUCAGGGACGUUCUCCCCUGACAAGGGUAGUAGAGUGCUGCUUUACUACCUGCCUGCAGUCCGUGAUCUACACUUGAUCGGGACUUAUGACUGGGCCAGCUUGGCUUAUGCUGACUUCAUCCGAGGGUUACGAGACUCGUGUCGACACCGGUCCUUCACGGGGAACGUCUCUCUAUCCGGCUUUUGGAGGAUCGUAGAGAUCUGGUUCUACGAGUAAUUUCCCUCAGCUACGCCGGCGAGACCGUCGCCGCGCCGGUUUCUAGUGAGUGCUUCUUGGGGAAGCCGCCGUGUUGGGAUGUCCACUACUUAUGUCCGAUAUUGGAUCAUCUCGGUAUGGUUCUUUACAUAUUUGAGCAUUUUGUAACACCUUUGAUAGAUUUUUAUCUGAUAGGCGUUCUUUGAAGGAGCCUGACGUGUUGUACCGGCCGUGGGACGACUUGGCUGUCCUUGGGCUAGCCGAGCAGUAUACUGCUAAGCGUCGCUAUUUCUUGGGGAUAUAUGGAGCGAUUACAUACCUUGGAGAGAGGGUUGCUAUUCAGCAUUCCUCGGACACCUUUGUCGUUCCUGCUCCUCCACCACGUCACAUG